AUGGACCAACUAGUGUCAUUUGAGGCUCUCCUCUUUCCUUCUGACGGUCGCAAUCCGCAUAUGGUGGCUUUGAUGACAAGCCCCAUGUCGGUCCCCGACCCCCACGCUCCGUAUAGCACCCUACCUGCUCGUAUGCCCCAUCCCGAAGUCUAUAUGGACUACAUCGCCGAGGGCCUCGGUCCCCGAGCCUGGCAUUACCAUCUUGUCGAGGCUCUCGACGGCAUGAACAAAAAAUUCGUUAAUCCUUACGUCAUCUUUUAUCCAACCGUCUCUCGUGACGGAAUGCCCUUCCCUAUCAAUAAAUGUGUAAGAGAGAUCCAGGGGCGAUCAUUCAGAGAGGCAACUGCGUGGCGCGGAAAUAUCAUCAUUGCCAAGUAUCGGGAGAGCCCCUUCUCGUCUAUGGUGAAUGGAUCAAUCGCUGAUUUUCCGAUAUUGAGGAAUUACUUUAUGACGCACGGGGCUCCUCAGCUGUGUGGCUACUGA